AUGGGGGCUUUAAGAAAAGACUGGUCAAAGAAGUUGGAUUAUGCUCUUUGGGCAUAUAGGACAGCCUUCAAGAUACCAAUUGGGAUAUCUCUAUAUCAACAUGUGUAUGGAAAGGCUUGUCAUCUGCCAGUGGAGCUUGAACACAAAGCAUUCUGGGCUCUCAAGUUAUUGAACCUUGAUAAUAAUGCUACUAGUGAAAGAAGGAUCCUGCAACUGCAUGAAUUGGAAGAAUUCAAAUCCCAAGUCUAUGAAAAUGCCAAAAUUUAUAAGGAGAAGGCAAAGAAAUGGCAUGACCUCAAGUUGGCACCUAGGAGCUUUGAAGAAGGAUAG